AACACAAUGCUGUUGCAUUAUGAAAUUAAACCAGUGAUGCAUUAAAAAGAGCAAAGUUGCAUUUGUGCAGAAUUCAUACUAAUGUAUGAUUUCUUAAAAAUUGGCAUUAAACAGUUGCCAAACUUCACUGUACUCAUUCCAUGCAUUAAAAAGAGCUUGCAUGCAAAAUAUGUCAUGCAUUAAAAAGUGAACCUGUCGUUUGUCAAAUCAUGUAAUGACCAGCUCGAUGAGUCAGGUCGCUUUCUCGGGAUGCAUUUAAAGCAGUAAAGCAUUCAAAAGCGGAAGAGUCCGGUAAUGAAGAGAUCAGCUCGCAUCUCUCUCUCUCUUUCGCUCAUCGAGACGCGGGAGUUGACGGGAGGUAAUCCCCUACAUGUGAGGAGGCGGCACGAGCGCGGAGGCGUGUUGUUUUCCAUUCAAAUCCUUACUAGUCCUAUAAAAAGCGGCACCAGGAGCUGGAGAGAGAGGAAGAUAAAGCGAGCGAGAGAGAGAGUGUGUGUGUGUGUGUGUAUAUAUCCAGUACGCGGCCGUGCACACGCGUUCAUCCAUCACAGCGCUGCUGCCGCUGCUCCGGAUGGGGGGGGCGGAGAUGCUGCAAGGCUCCGCAGGUGUCCACGCGGCGAGGACACUGAAAAACGCCGUCGCGUGCCUGAUGCUGUUGCCCCGCUUCCUCGUGGCCGCUGUGAUGCUCUGGCUGCUGGACUUUCUGUGCAUCCGGAGGAAGGUGCUGAUGAAGAUGCGCGAGACGAGUCCCGACGACCCGCCGCUCUGCGUCUCCGACUCCAACAAGAUGUUCACGCUCGAGUCGCUGCGCGCCGUGUGGUACGGACACAAGCUGGACUUCUUUAAGACGGCGCACGUCGGCGGCGCGGCGCCCAACACCGAAGUGGUGCCCCUGGACGACGGCGAUCGGGCGCACCGGAUCCUGGACUACGCCCGCGGCAAGAGACCCCUCAUCCUGAACUUCGGCAGCUGCUCCUGACCGCCGUUCAUGACGCGCCUGUCGGCGUACCACCGCGUCGUCCGCCAGUACGCGGACGUCGCGGACUCGCUGCUGGUGUACAUCGAGGAGGCGCAUCCGUCGGACGGCUGGGUGAGCUCCGACGCGCCCUACCAGAUCCCCCGGCACCGCUGCCUGGAGGACAGACUGCGCGCCGCGCGCCUCCUGGACGUGCAGGGCACCGCGGUGGCCGUGGACACCAUGGACAACUCGUCCAACUCGGCGUACGGCGCGUACUUCGAGCGCCUUUACAUACUGAAGGACCAGCGGGUCGUGUAUCAGGGCGGCAGGGGCCCGGAGGGCUACCGAUUAUCCGAACUCAGAGACUGGCUCGAGCGCUACCGGAGCGACGUCGAAGGUUCCAAAGUGGUCGUGCUUCACGUUUAGCGUGCGCGUAUGUAGACGGACGGACGGCGUUUUUUUUACCCACACUUCUGUCUUUACAAUGAAGUCUUUGGCUGUGUUUCACGACUCCCAGUGACAGUCUGUCUCUAUCUCUUCACUGUUAUGCUUCACACAAAAAAGUUCUUCAGGUCUGUGUUUUGUUUGCUUGUUUUUCACACCUGAAAACGAAGUCACCGGCUGCUUUCCAAACCCAGUGACCGACUGUCUACACUCUUAUUAUUGUCAUCAGUGCGCUUUAAAAGUCACUUUAUACAAAAGCGACCCCAUCAGCAUAACAAUCGGAGCAUUUUAAACGGGGUUGAAAUCAAAUCGUGUUUGGUGCGUCUCGCGUUCGAGGCGCGUAAAAUCGCCGCGUUGAACAAAGGAGACAGAAAGCCGUUCGUUAGAUUUGUGGUCUAAGAAGACGUAUUUUACAUGUUUAAGAGUCUCAAAUCCUAUUUCAAUGUAUUCUCACACUUUUAGUGCGCACUGCACUACAAGUUCUUUAGAGAUGAAAACGGGAUUUGGAAAUGUUCAGCCAAAAAUCUAAAUACUGUCAUGGUUAUUCACGUGGCUGUCUUCAGUCAGUGGAACACAAAAGGAGAUAUUUUGAGAAAUGUCUCUGCGGUUUGGUGUUCAUACAGUGGGGUUCAUAACAUCUCCUUUUGUUUUCUGCUGAUUCAAGAAAGAUGUGCCAUGACAUGAGGGAAUUUUCAGUUUUGGAUGAACUCUUCUGUUAAUCCUGUUUUUUCCCCGGCGCUUUUAUCAUGGCGUGCUGUGUGGGGCUUCUGAGAUGAAAGGAUCUGGAUAUUUCAGGUUCUUUAGAUGAGCUCCCCGUCGGGUUUCUGUGGAGAAGGUAAAAGAGAUUUAUUAUGAGAUUUCAUUCGAUUCCUAUGUGAAACAUCUACAUGCACACACACCGGAAAAGUGUUGGAGGUGGACGGGUCACUUGGUUUGGAAAGACGAGAUGAUGGGUGUUUUCAUCUGCUGCUAUAGACUGUCAAGCUCAAUACUGCACACGUCAGGCUUUAGUUUCAUGCAUACAGAUGUUUAUGUUGUCAGUGGCCAUGCGACCGCAUGAUAGCUGUUGUGCUUAUGUUACGUCCAUCCGACCUGACAUUUUAUUUGGAAUAAUACAGAAUCUUUGCUCUAUAUGAAACAUAUGCUAUUUGAUUUAUUUUUGUAUGGUAUCUCUAUCCCUCUGUGUGUGUGUGUGUGUGUGUGUCUGUGUGUGUGUGUGUGUGUGGCCAGCAGGCUGUUGUAUUGUACUCUGGAGUUAUUGUGAAGAUCGGUUUUUAAACGGAUUUAAACCAGAAAACCGAUACUGAUGUAUUUUGACACUAGAGUACAGGACAGAUAAAUGGCCUCUAGACGUGUUGCCAAAUGUUGUUUUGUAAAUGGUGUAUAUUUUAUUGAACACUUUUUUAAAUAAAUGUUAGAGCGCCCUCUAAA